UUUUUUUUAAAUUUUAGAGUUACAAAGUUUAGUUCGUUGUUGUAUAACCUUUUUAAUACCACUCGAUGUUUCAGGAUUACCUAAUACUUUUACCUGACACUCAACGCGUUACCAGCAACACCACUCCUCCUUCGGAGUCGUGGUGUUGCUGCGUAUUAUCCGGUAAUCCUGAAACCUUACGAUAUAUAUGGAGACUGCGAUAGGCGCAUACUAUAUUGCAUUGACUAGAAAACAAGUAUUUUCUUCUAUUCAGAGGUUAUGGUUGGUCUGGGAAAAAGAAAAGACCAAUUUAAAUUAGGUAUCAAAAAUAAUAGAAGCAAUGGAAAAAUCAGUAUUUUCAAAAAGUUUUAUACCCCAGAAAGCAUUUCAGGAAUUAGAAAGAGCUGAAAUUAUCUUUGGAGAGCAAAAUUUGUUUCCCAAUGAAACUCUUGAAAUUCUCCAUUCCUAUUUUGGCGAGUCACUCACCCAAGCCACUCAACUACUGGAAAAAGCAAGAGUAACUUGCUACUCAACUCCAGACUCUUUCAGAAAAGUAUACGAAAUAUCCAAAUCCCAAGACCGACACAUCAUAAUUGGAAACGUUAAUUUUUGCCAGUGCGAUUUUUUCAGCAGUCAAGUUUUGGACUUGCAACGUAGCUUGAGCUGUGAACACGUAUUGGCGGUGACUCUGGCACGAAUAAUGGGCAAAGUCAGAGAAGAAAAGCUUAGCAAUAAUUUGUUUGAGGAAUAUUUGAAUAUGCAGCUUAAUGUCUUUUUGGAUAUUGAUACACAAGAUAUGUUAUGUUAGAAGUAAUAAUAAAAAUGCACCAGUAGAAGUCGAGUCAAACAUCAAUAAUUGAUUCAAAUUUUGCUGUCUUUGACUGAGUAAAAGUAGGAUAAGAAAAUAAAUGAAUAAUACCCAAAUUUAAAAAAGUUAGUAGAAAUUUAUUAUCCAAAAAAGCUUAAUAAAUAGGUGUAUAAAAAUAAAGAUAAGUAAAAAAACACUAAAACAAACAUAGAUAAUAGAAUACCUAAAUAUAGUGUAAAAAAAAGCUUGCAAUAAGUUAGUAAAAAAUUAAAUAAAUACAGUACUAGUAAUUUAAACCAACAUACAACGUUGAUCUACAUAAAAUAAAAUGUAUAUGAAGUACAAGAAAAACAGAUCUUAGAGUUUCAGUAAAAAAUAACAAGGUGGGUUAUUUUCUGAUUAAACUACUAGGUAAAAGUGUAUUUUCUCUGUCAAUCGUGGUCGUACAAUAAGGGCUCUCAAUACCGAAAGGACUGUACAUUUUUGUAGGUGUUCUACCCAACAUUUGCCUCGAUUUGGUAUAUGGAGUUUGGCCGUUGGGCGUCAUGGGACCUUCUUGCAGAAUUUGGCGUCUUCUAGUUGCAGAUUUGAAGCGCUAUUACAACAACGAAAAAUUGUUUAGGAGAAUAUUGAAUUGAAUUAUUGUGUACUACUCUACCUGUGAUAAUGUUCCAAAUGUUACUCUAACAGUGUUGAAGGUCUUGGAUAUCCUCUCAGCUCCAUUUCUAAUAUAUCGUCUAGUAUCGUUAAGGUUUAAAACUGAUAAAACCGUCCUGUCGUUUGUGUUUUUUGAGUCUUCAUAGUUAUUUGGGUUUUCCUUUUCGCAUUCAUCGAAUUUGUCUUUCAACCUUUUGCGACAAUGUUCUUGUCCUUCACUUCUUGUUGAUGAACCU